GCCAGGUGUCCUUUGAAGAGUGAUUUGUGCCAUGGCUCCGCGACUCUCAGCUGUAGAUGACACGGGAGAGCCAGACAAACGCUGCUGCUGAACCAUUCCGGGCGUCUUGUUUGCGAUGGCUUUCUCUCUCUAUCUUGGUUGUGAUAGACAGUGCCUUGGCUCUCUGCAUGCGCUUCACACGCCUGCCCGAGAAGCAUGGUGGAACAAAGGCGUCUGAGCAGUACAGCAUACCUACCGCGGUAUGUUGUGUGGAACUUCUGAAGCUUCUGGUGUCCACAAUUUUGGCCAGCCUGGAUUAUUCACCAGCGGAGCUGUGCAGAAUGUUCUUGUCAAGAGAAUCGGCCAAGAUGCUGGUGCCAGCGUUGAUGUAUUCCUUGCAGAACAACCUGCACUACGUCGCCAUCAGCUACCUGGAGGUGUGGGUCUUUCAAGUGCUGAACCAAUUCAAGAUGAUCACCACGGCCCUCUUUAGCGUCCUGUUGCUGCAGCGGGUGUUCCAAGCGCGGCAGUGGGGCGGCAUCGCUCUCUGCGCCCUUGGCGCCGCGGUCGUGCAGUGCGGGGACGUGGCCUUGUCAGCGCCUGGGCAGGCGCACGCCUCGGCGUGGCUGGGUUUCGGGGCCGUGAUGGCCACCUCUCUCACCAGCGGCUUUACGGCCGCCUACACGGAGCUGGUCUUUAAGACCUCCCCGUCCUUGUGGGUGCGGAACAUGCAGCUGGCCACCUGGUCUUUGUGUGUGAUCCUGGUGGGCAUGUCCAUCACGGGCUUGCACGGCAUCCAGCAGAGGGGCUUCUUCUUCGGCUGGAACUGGCUGGUGGUUACCACGGUGACCUUGCAAGCCCUUGGCGGGGUGAUCGUGGCGACGGUGGCCAAAUACGCCGACAACGUGGCCAAAGGCUUCAGCUCGGCCAUCUCCAUUGUCUUGACCUGCAUCGUUUCCCGCUUUCUGUUCGAUUGGAAGCCCUCCGCGGCCUUUGCGGUCGGCAGCACCUCUGUGAUCUGCUCCAUUUGCCUCUACGCCAAACGGCCCCAGGAUGCCCAGAAUUCAAUGCCGCACGCCUACGCGGCGGUCAGUACAGAAGUCACAGCCACCGAGCUUGGAAAGGCGGAAGAGCCCCCAGCCAGAGUCCGUGAGGCGACCAAUGAGUCCUAAGUGGCAAA